GGACUCUGCCCCUGGGGACAGGAACAACCCGGGCAGGGCCUCUUUAGCCCCGACUUGGGAUCCCUGCUCAGUGUGACCGGAGCCGGGGCAGAGCAACAUGGAGGCCAGCUCGGUCCAGCUGACAAGGAUGGAAUAUGCGAUGAAGUCGCUCAGCCUGCUCUACCCCAAGUCCCUUUCCAGGCAUGUGACCGUGAGGACCUCGGUAGUGACCCAGCAGCUGCUGUCGGAGCCCAGCCUGGAGGCCUCCAGGGCCCGGCCCUGCCGAGUGAGCACAGCGGAUCGGAGUGUGCGGAAGGGCAUCAUGGCGCACAGCCUCAAGGACCUUCUCUGCAAGGUCCAGGACACCCUGAUGCUGGAAGACAAGCCCUUCUUCCUGGUGCUGGAGGAAGAUGGCACAGUUGUAGAGACGGAAGACUAUUUCCAAGCCCUGGCAGAGGAUACAGUAUUCAUGGUUCUCCAGAAGGGGCAAAAGUGGCAGCCCCCAUCAGAACAGGGGAGUCGGUACCAGCUCUCCCUCUCUCAAAAGCCGGCCAAGAAGAUUGAUGUGGCCCGUGUAACCUUUGACCUGUACAAGCUGAACCCACAGGACUUCAUUGGCUGCCUGAACGUGAAGGCGACCUUCUACGACACCUACUCCCUUUCCUAUGAUCUGCAUUGCUACGGGGCCAAGCGCAUCAUGAAGGAAGCCCUGCGCUGGGCUCUCUUUGGCAUGCAGGCCACAGGUCACGUGCUGCUCGGCACCUCCUGUUACAUGCAGCAGCUCCUCGAUGCCACAGAGGGACAGCAGCCCCCCAAGGGCAAGGCCUCAUCUCUCAUCCCAACCUGUCUGAAGAUACUGCAAUGAAGACCCAUGUCCCUGGAGGUCUUCCCCUGCCAAGAACUAGAUGGAGACCCCCAUGCUCAGCUGAUAGUGCCCACAAGCCUGCAGUCAUAAUGCUUCUUACCUCCCACACCUCCUCCACUGGGAUCAUAAAGGAAGCAGGAGGAAGGGCCAGAAAGCUGGAGUGGGCUGGCUAAAGGAGAACUUCGGGUGCCUGGCUUAGCCUGGCCCAUCUCCUUCCUGCUUGACAUCGCUCAGCUGACGAACACGGGUCUCCAGCCGGCUAUGGCGUGCAGUCCGCCCCCAGCAAUACCUCUUCACAUGCUACACUCUCACCACACUCCUGCCUCCUGGCCACCUCCAUCCUUGACAACUGUCAAGCCCACUAAUGUAUGAUAUUAGUCUGCAAUAAAUUAUUUAUGCUGAUACA